GUUGCCCGAUGUAGGUGAAUACAGAUUUUUCACUUCUCGUCUUUAAGUUACUCAAUCUGAGGUAGCUCAGAUUCAAUGUCAAGAAUAAUAUAGUGUGGGUGUCACUUGUACUUGAAAUACCUGAUCAAGAUUCUCGUCAGGUUGGUAAAUAAGCAACUACGACAAGUAAGAAGAUUCCAUAUUCGUUGUUGACUAUUCGAUAUUGAACCAUGAAGAGUGUUUUGUUGGGGUUGUGUUUGAUCUACACUAUCAUCAGAGGUGGUAGUGCUGUUGAACCUUUAGGAUCGUACUUAUAUAAGGAACUGGGAUGUACGGAAAAUAGCGACUCCAACAUAGUCCGCUAUGAUUGUCCAGAUUUCCUUCCCAAAAAUGGAAGUUGCAUCUUCAAGAAGAGUUUGAUUAAUGUUGGCGAUAAUAUAGACCGCGAACUAUUGAAGGGCAGUUGCCACGCUGAUUGCCGAUGUGUUUCUGACGGGAGUAUUAUCUGCGCACAAUACGACUGUUUCGAAAGAUUGAAAUCAGGAUGUUCGCAUUUCAAGUACAGCCUGGACAGUUGCUGUCCAGUUGACUCCGUGUGUGGACCGAUUGCGAAAUGCGAAAUAGAGGGGGCUUCGUACCAGGAGGGCAACACCGUGUUUUUGAAAAACAAAUGUGAAGUUUGCGUAUGCGAUGUAGGUUUCGAAAUGAAGGCCCCUUUCUGUCAGCCGAGGAAAUGUUACGAUCAAGCUACAUUCCCGGAAAUGUUCGAGAAUAAUGGCGCACCAGCCUUCUUCAAAGACGAGAACUGUUGUCCAAAUACUUGGGUGUCAGACGAAGGCCAAUCUAUAUCGAAAAUGAGCAAAGACACUGUUUCUGAAGAUGGAUACUCAUGUAACUUCGGGAAGAGGAAAGUGCCUGUAGGUUAUGGCUUCGAAACCAAGAUUAAACCGUAUGGAACAGAAGUUCCUUUGAUUUGUGAAUGUAAUAUGCCUCCGUUUAUGAUUUGCAAAGAGAAAAUUUGAUCAGUUCAGUAAAUAACUUCAUACCAAGUGUA